GCUUGGCUGCUGUCGUGCCAAUCCCUUCUCAGCUCUAUUCUAUUAUAGCGUCGAGUUAAACAGGAGCCUAUAGCCCCGUACGAGACACAGAGAGAGGAAGGCUCGCUGUACAGACACAGGAGAAAUGGCUUUGCCGAAGACGAUUACCAUUGUAGCCCUUUCCAUGGCUUUGGGGCUCUUCUUUGUGUUCAUGGGAACCAUCAAGCUCACCCCAAGACUGAGCAAAGAUGCGCACAGUGAAAUGAAACGAGCCUAUAAAAGUUACGCCAAGGCUCUCCCGGCGUUGAAGAAGAUGGGCAUCAGCUCCGUUCUGCUGCGGAAGAUCAUUGGCUCAGUGGAAGUGGCAUGUGGCAUUGUGUUGACCCUGGUCCCAGGGAGGCCGAAGGAUGUGGCCAAUUUCCUUCUCCUCCUGGUCAUGCUAGCCAUUCUGUUCUUCCACCAGCUAGUGGGGGACCCCCUCAAGCGCUACGCCCACGUUUUGGUCUUCGGGAUCCUGCUUACCUGCCGGCUACUGAUCACCCGACAGACCGAAGAGCGGGCAGAGAGCAGCGAAAGCAGGAACGGACAAGCAGAGGCACAGGAAAAGAAUAAAGUGAAGGUGUCCUAGUCUCCAGACCCCCAGCCUGAGCCCCAUCGAGACGAGGCACGGCA